CGAUGCGCGCACGCCGCACGCGACACUGGCCGCCACUGACGGUGAGGAGGCGCACACCAGGAGGCGGGGGCGCGAUAACAGGUGGCUCCGCGUCGCGGCAGGUGAAUCGUCUGGCCUUUUUUUUUUGUCCGUCGCGCGAUCACAAUUGGUCCGCGUUCGCUGUCUUCAGUCCCCAUUGUUUUCCAUCGUCGUCGCCCUCUGUCUCAAUCCGCGCCGAUUGUGGCAUCUCGACGAUCGCGUCGAACCCCGAGGAACCAGCAGGAUCAACUAGUGGCCGAUCUUGUCCCCGAGCGCAGUCAUGACGCGCACGACGAUAAGACGUUGCUCCAGGACUACCUUGAAGUAAAGACGACGUCCACCUCGGCCCCGAGGAGGAGGUCCGGGAAAAUUACACGUCGCAUUCCCGGAGUAGUCUCGUCUGACGCAUGAAAGGUCGGGGCUGCGGUAAGAUCAAGAGCGAGACAAUGCCGCCGUCCUCGCACACCAACUGGACGAGGCCGUUACUCAAGGGACAGACCAUGCAGAUGCAGGUAGCUAAGCAGCAACAGCAGCAACCGAUGAUGACGGCAACGACGACAUCGUCGACGGCUGUCGGUACUGGAACGCAAAAUCAAAGCGUGGCGGAGCAUCCUGCGACCCCGCUCGACAAAAGAAUCAAAGUGGUCCUGGUGGGUGACGGCGCGGUCGGCAAGACCAGUCUGGUGGUUUCAUACUCUACCAACGGCUUCCCUGGAGAAUAUGUGCCAACUGCGUUUGACAAUUAUAAUGUGGUUGUAAAUGUCGAUGGACAACCGCUAAAUGUCCAGCUAUGUGAUACAGCGGGUCAGGAUGACUUUGAUCCCUUGAGGUCAUUGUGCUAUCCUGAAACAGACGUAUUCCUAGUUUGCUUCAGCGUUGUAUGCCCUUCGUCUUAUCACAGCGUGGCUUCCAGAUGGAUCAAUGAAGUGCGGAAAUACUGUCCUAGUGCUCCAAUUAUCUUGGUAGGAACGAAAAGUGAUCUAAGAUCGGAUGUACGUCUGAUGUUGCAAUUGGCGAGAUAUGGGCAGGCGCCGAUUACCACUAUCCAGGGUCAUCAGUUGGCGCGGAGACUGGGCGCCGUCAAUUACGUCGAGACAUCCGCGUUGACGCAACACGACCUCAAAGAGGCCUUCGAUCAGGCGAUAGUCAGUGCCCUCAAUACGCGACGUGGAGGCGCCAAUUUAUUAUACCGGCGUAGGAAGCCGCCCCCAUUGUGGCGUAGAUGGUUGUGCUGCUGGGAACGACCGUCUUCGAGCGAGACCUAAAAAAAAAUCCUAUUAUAAGUGACUCUAUACUUUUUUAGAAUCCCUCUGUGAUCAUAGACGGUCGCUCUUUCUUCUGUCAGAAUCAUCACUUCCUCCCUGUUAGCAUGAUAGCUAGAUUCGUUGAAGAAUUAUUUCGACAUACAAAGAGAGACAGCUACUUUGUUAUAGAUUUUAGACGAGAUGAGACUAUUAAUAGAUAAUACUUCCGUGCGCGAAAAUAAGCAUCGAGAGCAACCUUGUUACAUACGCGACGCUUUAACAUAAUUCGCUCGGAUUCGCACGAAUUGUCUAACUUAUCUUUUUUAUAUGCGGCAAAUACAUUUCACGACCUAGCAAACUGCCAGAAUGAUAUGCCAAGUAGGAUAUUAGAAAAAUCGUAUAGUGCUAGAAAUAAUUACGCCUAACUCAAUUCGUAUAGUAAUUUGCCUAAUAAUUUAUACGCAAGGAUUGCCCACGACAAUAUAUCGCGCAGAGAUAGAUUAUUGGGAGCAAAUUGUUAGUCAAAUUACAUUCUGACAGACGGAGCGAGUGAGUGCCGCCUUCAUAAAAUUCCUGAAACCGCGCAUAAGUGUGGUAUAAUUUAUUGUACAAUAUUAAUCAUAUUUUUUUGUUAUACUAGCAUAGUAAUUGGCUACUCGCUGGUUGUGAUUUUCGUACACGUAAUAUCUUUGUUUUAAUUGUUGCGGUAAGGAUCAGUUCUUUCCUCGCUCGUUUCUCCCUUUUUCUCUCUUUAUCGAGAAUAUUAGGUGACUCUUUUUGCCACGUGUGACAUAUAAUAAUUGUAUAUUUUUUACUUGUUC